UCUAAGCUUCGCGCUGAUCUCUGUUGGCACGUGUUCCGGUCCGGUCUGAGGGUAGAUCGGUAAACAUGGCCAGUAAACGCCGCAGCGCGCUGCCGGCCGAGGCGCUCCGCUCAGCGAAGAGCCCGAAAACCGGAGAGACCGAGUUUAACGGGACGCUGUUUAAAUCCAUGCUGAAGGACCCAGGCAGCGCUUUCAGAGGUUUGGAGAUCUUUGUUAGAACUGGGAAGAAGUUGCCCUGUGCCGGUCUGUAUGAUGUGGUUGAGGGCUACAUUAAGAUCUCAGCAGAGUGUUGUGAGAUUGUGGAGUUACUGGAAGGAGAAUCACAGUCUGUGACUGAGUUGAUGCUGAUAUUUCGGAGUUUAGAGCUGAUUUUGCUGCGGACGGCAAGUGACCUUUCUCAUUUUAGCAUGGUUGGCACCACCGUUGUGAAGAAGAUCCUCUCAACACACGCAAAGCUGCUGCAGUCCUCUUUGUGUUCAGUGAAUCAUCAGUUUGUACGGCAGUGCCUCUCCUUGCUGUCAGCGAUGGUGUCCCAGGGUGCAAACUCAGCCCGGGAGGUCUUCAGUAUUUUAGUCUUUAGCAAAUCUCUGAACAGCCUUGCUCGUCAGAGAGACAGAACUGGCCGUCUAGAUGUGCGCAUGGCAUAUGUCCAGUUUGCUCUUUCUUUCCUGAUGUGCGGAGAUAGCUCCAUUGUAGGCAAAAUCCUGGAUGCUAAAGAUUUUCUGUGUGAUAUCUUGAGCACAGGACUGAAAGAAGACAGAAUCUCAAUUGUCAGCCUCAUUCUGUCCACCCUGCAGACUAAAGUUGUUCACAAUCCAGCCAUCAACAAAUCACAGAAAUUGCGUUUUUUCAGCGCAGCCACUUUGGCUCAGAUCGCUUCUCUGUACAAAUGGAAUGGAAUUGUGGAUAGCUCAACUGUAGACAGUCAGGGGGAAGGUAAGCUGCUUGUGCGAGAGUUGGUUCAUAACUUUCUUCUUGACCUUUGCUGCUCUCACAAACAUGGCAUCGGCUUCCAUGACCCAAGUCUGGGGACAGCCACGAGGGCUGGAAAUCUUGUGCUGCUGCAGUUUGUGGUGGGUCUUAAGCAGGCCACAGAGGAUGAGCUGGUGUGUGAGCUCCUGGUCAGUAUUCUGAAAUGCAGCCCUGAUAUUUUACCUCGAUACUUCAAAGAGACUAAUUUCUCCUUCACCCCACGCGUUGCCGGAGCAUGGCUGGACAGCGUUGCUCUGCUGAAGAAGAUUUAUGAAGCUCAGUCAGAAGUGUCCCAGGCGUUGCAGUUGCAGGAGGCGGUCACUGUUCCCCGAUUGCUAAGCAUGGUUCUGAUCACCUCUCUGCCUCCAGUCUGCACUAAAAGCUUCUUCAAUCAGGGCUUCAAGUUGCCCAGUGUGGCAGGGCAGCAUGCUACUGUAUCCAUUCUGGCUUUUAUUCUGAGGAGAGCAGAGAAAAACAUGGAGUACAGUCUGAAGACCCCAGUGCUUAACUGUUUAGACACAUCCACCCCCACAACCAUGGAGGAGUUUGUUCAACUUUACAGAGAAUCGCUGAGCAAGAUUUUACCUGAUGUCACAUCCAUUGUGUCAGUAUGGCAGUCACUGUCAAAGACUGAGAAGGAAGAGAGUGAAGUGAUUUCUGGUGCCACAGGACUGAAAGCAGGAAAAGAGGAUAAAGUGGAAGACUAUGGUAACAACGGGAAGCAAAAUCCAAAGUUGGUGCUGUUGAAGGCUCUGCUGCUGCAGGUGUUGUGUUUGUACCAAAGGGUUGUACCACACCUCAUUAGUCAGAGCAAGUUCGACUUCAGUAAACUGCUGAAAGGCAUUGUAUCAGAGAAGGGACUGGAGCGUAACGUCCCUCCUGUCCUGCAGUUCGAGAUCCUGAAGCUUGCGCUGGAACUUCCUGCCAGCAAAUUCUCCUGGUUCCGACUCCAGGAGGUCAAUCCAGAAGUGGCACGAGGGGAAGGUUCUGUUUUCCAUUUGUUACUAAAGAUGUUUAUUAGCAGUAGCAGCAUCCACCUGAGGACCUUAACCAGGAUGCUCGUUCUUAAGGUGCUGAGAGACUCUGGCGUGUUUGAGCACAGCAGUAGAGAACUUGAAUUGUGGGUGGAUCACUUACAGUCUUUAGAGCCGCCCCAGCAGGACAGAGUCAUUCAGUUUUUAGAUCAGGCUUUAAUGAGGGUAAUGUGUAACCCUUAUAUUUACCUGGAUAAAGUAGCUGCUGUGGCACAGGAGGCUCUCGGUCUACAAGCUGAGUUGAGUGGGCGGGACAGAGAACCAUGUGAUCUGCCUGGAUCACACAUCACUGAUACUGUGAUCCAGGACGGUGGAGAUGGUCUGGAGGGGUCUGUUCUCAGUGAUGAUGUUCUCCAGACUUUCCCUUUCAGUGCUCUUGUUCCAGCUGUUCUCGAGACACGAAACAAACUGCUCCAGAACUCCACAGAGGAGAAUAGUGUGUGUGAGUAUAUCUGUGCAGUGCUGUGUGACGUCCUUCAUUGCCAGAGGAGUCCUGUGUCUCUGUGUCUGACUCUUCAGCAGUAUGAUAAGGAGCUUCUGUCUGCAGAGAUCUCCACUCUGCCUCAUCCCUCCAUGUCCUUCUGUCUUUACUACUCUAAGUGGCUUCCACAGCAGCCUCAGGAGACAUGGGUUAGUUCAGUCCAGCCACCUCCUGCUCCACCUUCUCUCAAUCUUGCUGCCUGGCUGAAGUCCUGCUACACUGAAGGACCUCAGACUUUCUUGCAGGACUCUUUUAGGCCUGCCAUGGAGAAAUCCCUGUCCAGCCUGCAGCUUUCUCAGUUCACUGGAGCUGUCAAUCAAGUCCUGCUUUACAUCAAUUCUUUUGUGGAUGCUUUUAGCUCGCUCCCUAGAAGCAACUCUGUGCAGAUACUGGGUUGUGUGCUAGAGGUUCUGGAUGCUUUGCUCCUUAAACUGUACAGCACUGCUGAAGCUCCACCCACUCAGCCUGAGGCUCAGGAGCUAGAGGAUAUAGAGAUGAGCUCUGCAGAGGCUGAGGCAGUCAGCAGUGAGCAGGUUUUGCUUGCUGUGUUCAGGUCGGUGUUUAAGCACCCGGUUCUGGAGCAGUGGUUCCUGGCAGUGGAGCUUGAUGUGGUGCCACCCAAUUCUCUCGAGUCGGACAGAAUAGGGCACCUCUGUGCCCAGCUGACAGAGUUUGUGCUGAACCUGCUGCAGUCCUCAGCCGAGAAGCUCCGAGCCCUCCAAGCCCUGGAGCUCAUCAGCCCUUACCUUUCAGCCUCACAGCAAGCGCUGCUCAAAGAGCUGCAUCACAGCAGCAGGUGCCUUAAAGAGGACUCCCGGUCAGUCAGAGCCUUCCUGGCGCUGUGUGAGUACAUGGACCCGGCCGGGGUCAGGGAGGUACUGUCUGAACUGCUGCUGCUGCCGCGGAGCUGCCUGCACACUGGUGAUGAGAAGCUCAGCGUGUACGGCCAUGCUGUUCUACAUAUACUCUCAAAGAGCUCAGCUCAGCACGGAAAAUCCAGCAGCCUCUGUCUGUCUUCUGCUCACCUGCAAAGCCUAGCUGCCCUCCACACGUCCUGCCACUGGGUUCAGCUUGAGGAUGUUCUGCUUCAGGUUCUACAGAGAGAUCCUGGGAGCGCUAAACUCGUCCCAACUGACGUUCUCAUCCAGUGCCUCCAGGAACAGCGUAACCCAGAACUGGCGGCCCUGCUGGUGCAGAACUGCUCCACACACUGCCUGAGCUUCGAGCUUUGGUGCCUGGAGCAAAGCAACCUUUCAUGGAUCACAGCUCCGAACAGCAGUUUCCUCUGCCUGCUGGUCAGCUACACACAACAAGCGCUCACCCCAGACCCCUGCAGACCUGAACACAUUCAAAAGAUGGCGCUGAAGAAGAUAACCAAAGCUUUAGUGGACAAGUUGCUGAGCUUUGCACUCCAGAUGGAAGCCAGUAGGUCUCUGGAUCAGUGUAUGGAGAUCUUUUCCAGCCUGAUUCGUUUAGAAGCUAUGACUCCCACACUUCCCCAGCUCAUCUGUGACCUGCCCACCCUGCUAAAGAAACCUAAGGGUUAUGAAAGGUGGCAGUUAACAGACUCCAUAACUGAGAAGCUGGCCAACACAUCAGAGGAGCUUCAGUGGAGGACAUGUUUGAUCACUGCUGCCUUCCAGUGGCUUUCAGCAACCUACAAAGAGCAGAAAGAGACACAGGUUCAAAAAGAGAAGGCCAUUCUGAGGAGACUGAGAACCCUGCUGAUUUCUCCAGAGAAUGUUAGAGCCCUGGACUGGAACGUGUUUGUAAAGUGCGGUUUAAAGUAUCGUUACCAGGACAGGGAGUUCCUGACAGUGUUGGAGAUGCUGUUGGAGAAGAUGUAUGGAGAUGUGAAUGCUUCUAAAGAGUUGUUGGCAGUAGAAACCCUUCAUAUGAUGGUCACCAGUCACUCUCUCUUCCUGCCCACAAUGCUGGCCUUUCAGAAUGAGGAGAACAGUAGCCCUGAGUGUAAAGAGGCUCUUGUAUCCCUGCUCCUCACCUUGGUGAAGAAAUGCCCGCAGGUUUGUAACAGCAGUCAGGUGCCUGUUCUGCUUGGUGCGUAUGGAGCUACGCUGGAUCCUGCAGAUCAGAAACUGUUACUGCUGCUGAGAGAAUAUGAGACGAUUAACAGUCAGGCGGAGUUGCAGUGUUUGCUGUGGGGUCCUGAAGCAGUGGAAUUCCAUAAAGCACGGAAGCAGCUGGGUCCAUCACUGUGGCAGCAGCCCAGCUCAGAGCAGGUUUUGGCUCAGCUGGCUCCGGAUCGAAUGCUGAAUACUGUAACACACUUUCCUCUGCACCGCUGCCUUAUACCUCAGGAAGGAGAAGAGUUGAUUUGCACUCAGGAGAGAGAGGGCACUCAACACCAGCUGUGUUUGUAUGACCCGUGCUUUCUUCUCCCUCUCUUCAGCUUCAUUCUUCGUCCAGAGUCUGUAGUAGACUGUCAGAAGUUUGUGAGCUGUCAUGCUCUGGCUGUGACUGUAGUGGCUUUAAGCAGUCGUGACCUCAAGAUGAGAUCUGCCGCUUCCCACGUUCUGACUUCCUUCUACGAGCAUCUGGAGGGAGCUCGCUUCAGAGGCAAGAAACAGAUACUCUACCUGAUGGAUACGGUCAGGAAUGGGAUCCAGAAGCAGAACUUCAGGCUGUCACUAGUUCACACAACUUACAUUGCGAAAGUGGCUCAGCAGAUGCUGAGGCCUGAGGAGCACAUGUACCUGGUGAUAAAUCGGUUUCUUUUGGGAACACAAUACAUGGAUCUUGGCAGAAUUCCUGAUUUCUUUAAACUUUUUUACAGCUUUGACUUUGAGCACAAACUGGAGCGGCAGUGGAUGCUGAGUGUGCUGGAGGAGAGCGUGAUGGAUAAGCUCUCUUUUGAUUUGUGUGAAAAGCAGAACGUCUAUCAUGCGCUUCUUGGUUUCUGCAGCAGCCCUCUUUGUGAGCAGUCUGUCCAGAUUCAGAUUGUGAAUAUUCUCAAAAAGAGUGCACACAUCCCUAAAGCAGCUCACAGCCUAACCCAGGCUCAUGGAGUCCUGACCUGGAUCACACAACUCAUAGGGAACAGAUGUCCAGAUGGCAGGCUAGUGAGUGCUGUGAUUGCACUGCUGUAUUCGUUGUGGUUCUUUAACCUGGGCCAGAAAGACCCAGCAGUGCAGUACAGGGCAGCAGACGAUUCAGUCAAAUGCUUCACCUUCCCCGUUAUCAACGACUUCCUGUGUGCCCUUCUUUCAGUCAUCAGACACCUGAGGAAUGGGGUGGAAGCGACUGCAGUGCAGUUGUUUGUGCAGACACUGGCGUCUGUGCUGAAGCAUCAUAAAAAGUCUUUAGGUGCUCAUACGGACGCCGGCUGGCUGACCGUCCCCCCACACACGCUCUCCUGCUCCUCAUCACUCAGCGUGCUCCACUGCUGGGCAACACUGACCCACGACCAGCCUUUACUUUCUGCUCUGCAGGCAUUGGCUAAAACACACAACAUUAAAGGACUGUUUGAAUCUGUGAAGGAGAGAGUACAGGGAAAAGCUUCUGCAAAACUGUCCCAGUCACAUCUUCAGGAUUUGGAUAAGGCAGCAGAUGGAGGUCUGGAGGCCUGCAGACCCCUCCUAAUGAGUAUUCUCACACACUGGGAGCCACAGACUGUCCUACCCAGUCCUAGCCUCUGUAAUGGUGAAGUUUCUGAUUCCAGCAGUCUUGUUGGUAGAACCGGCUACACCCUCAUUAAAUGGACCCUUAAGACGUUGUGUGAGGGGUCUUAUGAAGAGAGCAGCAUCUGUGCAGCUGUGGAGUGGCUUCACAGAGUUAUUUUAUCCCAUAAAACCAUCGCGCAGUCUUUGGUGUCAGACGAAGCUGUGAAAGUUGACCUGUUAAGACUGUACCAUCAAACCUGCCAGUGCAGGGUGCAGUCCAGCCUGGACACUCUGCAGCUGUUGACCACAGUUAUGCUGCACUUGUUGGAGGUACAGGGAGUCCCUAAUGUUCUUCAGACCAGUAAGAUGGAGGGUUACUUGGACACGCCUAAUGUGGAAGUUUCUAUAAGAGAAGCCGUGCUGAAGCUGCUGUCCCUGUACAUUCAUGAGCUCUGGAACGGAGGAAAAGUGCCUCAGCUGCUCCUCACCCACGUCCAGCUUGUAACCAGAGAUGAGAAGAAGUCCAAGAAGAAGCCCAAAGCUGGAGCAUCUGUCCUGCACCUCUGUAAAGAUGUGCUCUCAGCUUUAAACUCUCUCCUGAGCACAUGAAACCAAACCAAUACAAACAUAUAGAUGAAAUGUUCAAAUAAAAAUGAAUAGAAAUGAAAAUUUGGAAUCUGGAAACUUUUACAUAUUUACAGACUACAGCACAAAUUCAUCAGAAUUGUUCACAGUAAAUAAUCGCUCACGGUAUGUGUAAUCCCAAGCAUAACCCUGUCUUUACAGUAACAAUGGGCUAAUGCCAUUUAGCUAAAUUAAUUUUUAUUAAUGAUUGAUCGUGACAAAUGGCCUUAUAUGCUGGGUUGUUUCAUACAAGCUUAUAUUUUUUCUAUUAAUCUUUAUUGAUCAAACUUGAUUUCUUGUGUCUAUGAAAACCUUGUUUGCUGUUGUUUGUUUUUAAUAAAUAUGUACAUUUA